CAAUAAGAUGACAUCGACCGGGAGCUUCAACAUUCCGAUACUCGAACAGCAAGUCCGGGACGAAGAUACUCAACUGAAUCACUCGAAUACCGUCCCGACUGUACCAAGACCGCUUACAAAGCUUCAGAUCAUCAUCGUUGGUGCUGGCUUCGGAGGUUUAGUACACGUCCUUGAAAGCGCUCCAAAGAUUGCAGAAGUGGGUGCUGGUAUCCAAAUCCUGCCAAACAGUUCUCGCGUCCUUAUACAAUGGGGUCUCGAGGAAAGGCUUCUUCGUCAUGCAACUUUUCCUGCUGAGGUCAUCAUGAUCAACUGGAAAGGCGAGAGAUUGUCUUCCAUGGACAUUGAGGAUGCGACUAAAGAGUAUGGGACUCCGUUCUGGGACUUCCAUCGAGCAGACUUGCACAGAGCACUCUUAAACAGGGCUGUGGAGCUCGGGGCCAACAUCUCAACCAAUGCCAGGGUUGUUGAUAUCAGAUACGAAGCAGAUGAUGGAGAUACUGUCACUGUCAUCCUGAAGUCUGGAGAACGUCUGACUGCUGAUCUUGUCGUCGGCGCUGAUGGCAUUCUUUCGACAUGUCGAGAACUUCUUCUCGGCACUCCUAACCCGCCUACCCCUACUGGCGACCUUGCAUACCGUGUCCUGCUCGACACAAAAGCCAUGAAGGAAGAUCCAGAGCUUGCGCCACUUCUUGAGAAACCACACAAAGUUCGAUACUGGCUGGGGCCAGGAGCACACGCUGUCAACUACGUGCUUCGAGAUGGCGAGCUCUUCAAUAUGGUACUGCUUGUACCCGACGACAUGCCAGCAGACGCAACGACCUUGGACGGCAAUGUUGAAGAGAUGACUGAAUUAUACAAAGACUGGGACCCGCGCAUACCAAAGCUGCUGGCACUGUGCCAAUCGGUGCAAAAAUGGAAGUUGUGUUUCCGUGCUGGCUUGGAGUCAUCAUGGUCAAGUGAGGACGCGACAUUUGUCCUUCUCGGAGAUUGCGUACACGCCACUUUGCCGUAUCUGGCAUCANNGGGGGCAGGCACGGCGCUUGAAGAUGGUGCAGCGCUUGGGGUUUGUUUGAGCAAGAUCAAAGAUAGAUCGCGCCAGGAGAAGAAAAAAGCCUUGAGCGUGUAUGAGGACUGUAGGCGGGUGCGUACUGAGAGCAUUGUCGCAAGAGGCAAUCUACAGCAAGAGCUCUAUCAUCUUGACGAUGGGCCAGAACAACAAGCACGAGAUGCUAAGUUCCGCCUGUUCGAAGAGCUGGAGGAAGGCGUCAGGCUUACUGGCAGUCGAAGUGUUGAUCUGCCUCCAGGAUUGAGAUUGGGUGAUAAUCCAUUGGCUUGGAGAAGGUACGGUGUUGGCGGUUGGUUGCUGUCUUUCGAUUGUCAACGCCAUGUUGAACGCAGAUGGCCAGCAGAGAUGAAGACAGUGUCUGCGCCCGAUCUGAGGGCUUACUCG